ACCCCACCCGCAGCCCAAACCCUAGCUCAGAUCCCCCAUCGCACCCCUCCUCCCUCGUCCCCAUCUCCUCGCCGCCGCCACCCACUCCUCGUCGCCAGCCUACGGCGCCCGAUGCCGCCCGAUUCCUCCACCCUCCGACGGCGCCUGAUGCCUUCUCCUCCGCUCCAUCCUCCACUUGGACUAGAUCUGGCGCGCACGUCCCACACAUCGACCGUGCCCUCCCACCCACACAUCGCCACCACCACCCACCGUCCCGUCUGACCUUGCCGCCUCCACCCAUGCCGCAUCUGACCUCGUCUCCGGCCGCCGCUCCCCACCUCAGGCGCCAGAUCGAGCCGGACUGGUGUCGUCAUCAAGAGCCGACCUCGACGGAGAUGAGAGGAACCCUUCUUCCUCCGUCUUCCUUCGACCUCGACCUCGGCAUGUUGACCUCGCUCCAUAACAUCUCGGUGAACCACUACUGGAUGUGGCGUCGACUAAGCACUGCACAUGGCUUGCUCGCCGGCACGCGCGUGCGUGCUUCGAUGCGCGGCGCUUCGUCGAGCUGGACGGACCGCGGCAAUCGCUGGAGCCAGAGCUGGAGGAGGCGACGAGAUGCUGCUGCUGCGGCUGUGUCCUCGGAGGCAGUUGCUGCCCCUCGCCGACCUCACCAACAUCCGGCGUCCGCCAUGAGCUCCCCGCAGGACCCCUUCUACAUCGUCCGGGAGGAGAUCCAGGGCUCGAUGGGUAAGCUGCAGACUACGUUCCAUCGCUGGAAGCAAGUUUCUUCAAACCUGAUUACUUUGUCAUCAGGCUGGCUGAUUGCAUCCAGCUCAAAUUGUUCCACAUUUCUAGCUUAAGGGUUCCACUUGCACAUGAUGGCCCCCAACUCCUUAUGGCAAGCAGUUUCUCCAGCUGACAACAAGGUAAGCAAACAUCUAGCUCAUAGAAUUAUAUUGGUGCAACGUACUUGUUUUCCUUGAAAGUUUUCCUGAUUAUUAUUCCUUUUAUGUGCAAUUUAUCUUACACAACGUAUUCAUGUAAAUUCUGUCAAGCGUGUUAAUGUCUUCUUGGAUCUAAAUGUUAUGAUAUAAAAAAUCUGAACUUCAGCACACUGAAACCGGGUUAGUUGCCUUGAGUACUUGUAUUCUUAGUACCAUGCUACUUAUUUUGCCUCCUGAGGUUUCUAGUCUGCUAUUUCUUGCUUUCCUUUAUCUUCGUACAUAUUAUGAUGGUAAUUUGACUUGCAGUGCUCAUGUAGGUUAAUUAUUAAGCAUACGAGAACAUAUUCAUGAAAGUUCUGUUAGUAGGUGGAUGGCUUCUAGUUCUAAAUGAUUUGGAAGCUGGGAAUCUGGGGAAUGCAAAGUUGAAGAGACCUGGAGUAUCUAUACUGUGAUUGCCAUUGUAUAUGUGUUAUAUGAUGAUGUAACACAAUGAUUCUGCUAUUGUAUCUUUGUUGUAUGAUGUAUCAAACUGAUUCUGGAUGUUAUGUGAAGUACUACGUGUGUUCUCUA